GCGCGAGCGGGAGGUGACAGUGGGGCCCAAUAUGAGCAUAGAAUCCCGGCAGUGCUACUACCAGGCAGCCCCGUGUCAUGCUACCUUGCUGAGCACAAAGUGCACAACGUCCGGCCGGGACGAUUUUCAAACAGACCCUGUCAGCCAGACCUUUGCAACAUGGAUAUACCUGACUUUUAUCGCGGGCGUAGUGUCCUGGUGACGGGCGUGACGGGUUUCGUCGGCAAAGCCAUCGUCGAGAAGCUCCUGCGAUGCUGCCCGGACGUGGAGCGCAUCUACGUCCUGGUGCGUGCCAAGCGCGGCGUCGAUCCUCGGGAGCGAAUCUCCAAGGUCUUGCGCAUGGAUGUGUUCGCGGACCUCCCCGUCGAAAGGGUCACCCCCGUGGCGGGUGACGUGUCUCUACCCAACCUGGGACUGAACAUCGAAGACUACGAUGCCGUCGUGUCCAACGUGUCUGUGGUGCUGCACUCAGCAGCCACCGUCAGCUUUGUGGAGCCCCUGCCCGUCGCAGUGCUUCUCAAUGUACAGGCCAUCCAACACAUUAUGCAGCUGUCGCGUAGCAUGAGAAACCUGGCGUCAGUGAUCCACGUCUCCACAGCGUACAGCAACUGCGACAGGAAGGACGUCGGUGAGGAGAUCUACGCGCCGCCAGUCAGCGUCAAGGAAAUGCUGCGCAGGGCGCAGGAGGAAGGCGAGCAACUCGAGAAGGAGAGCUCGCGACUUAUUGGAAAGCGGCCGAACACGUACACCUUCACUAAGGCUCUCGCCGAGAACCUGUGGGCCGAGGACGCGCGUGACCUCCCGGUGGCUAUCGUUCGCCCGUCCAUCAUCGGUUGGGCGUGGCGCGACCCGGCGCCCGGCUGGGUGGACAACACCAACAGCAUCGUGGGUCCCUUCUCGGCCAUCGCGUCAGGGACGACGCGCAGUAUACACUGCGACCCCACCAAAGUGUGCGACCUGAUCCCCGUGGACGUGGUGGUCAACGUGGUGCUCGCUGCGGCCUGGAGCACGGCCCUGGAGAGGCCCCCGCUCAUUGCCGAGGCGCACCGGGACCCUGGGCGGGCCGCGCCGCGCGCCGGCGCCGUGCCUGCCGUCUACAACUGCGUGUCCAGCGCGUCGAACCCAGUCACCUGGGGCAAGCUGCUCGAGGACUGGCUGGCGGCUGUGCGCGCCAGCCCCAGCCCGAGCGCGCUCUGGUGGCCCGACUGCACCUUCACGCCGUCCUGGAUAGGCCACGGCGUGCGCGUCGCCUGUCUGAUGAUUGCCCCUGCCUUCCUGUUUGACCUCGUCGCCGCCCCGCUUCUCGGCAGGCCAGCCACGUACGUAUUUCACGUCUUGAGACUAUGAUCUGAUCACCAAUGAAAACUUGACUGUUAACU